AUGAACCUACUGGUUUGUAGGGAACAAGAAGAAGAAGUUCUGAGAGACAUCCGGCGCUAUUUCUGGGAUGAGCCAUACCUGUACAAGCACUGCACCGAUGGAGUCUACAGGAGAUGUGUAGCUGAUGAGGAGAUACCUGGGAUCUUGUUCCACUGUCAUAGCUCGUCUUAUGCUGGACACUUCGCCACGUACAAGACUGUAUCCAAGGCGCUGCAAGCUGGCUACUGGUGGCCCACCAUGUUCCGAGAUGCACACAGAUUCGUGUCUAAGUGUGAUGUAUGCCAGAGACAGGGGAACAUCAGUAAGAGAAACGAGAUGCCACAGAACUUCAUUCUGGAAGUAGAGGUUUUCGACGUGUGGGGAGUUGACUUCAUGGGACCCUUCCCAUCUUCCUAUGGAAACCUGUACAUUUUGGUGGCUGUCGACUAUGUAUCUAAGUGGGUAGAGGCUUUGGCCAGUCCCACUAAUGAUGCAAAGGUCGUGAUGAAGAUGUUCAAGUCGGUGAUCUUCCCUCGAUUUGGUGUGCCGAGAGUUGUUAUCAGUGAUGGAGGUUCCUUUCGAUUCGAUAAUAUGUUGAAGAGGCACGGGGUGAAGCACAAGGUGGCGACUCCUUAUCAUCCCCAGACGAGUGGCCAAGUCGAGCUAUCUAACAGAGAGAUCAAGAACAUCCUUCAGAAGACUGCAGGCACAACUGGGAAGGACUGGGCUGCAAAGUUGGAUGAUGCACUCUGGGCCUAUCGAACUGCCUACAAGACUCCUCUUGGUACGACACCGUUCAACUUGGUCUAUGGCAAGGCUUGUCACCUGCCUGUGGAGUUAGAGUACAAGGCUGCGUGGGCAGUGAAGCAGAUGAACUAUGACAUGAAGUCUGCGGCAGAGAGGAGGAACAUGCAGUUGGUCGAGCUUGACGAGAUUAGGCACCUGGCCUAUGACAGUUCGAAGAUCUACAAGGAGCGGACUAAAGCUUACCAUGACAAGAAGAUCCUGAAAAGGAACUUCUCCCAAGGAGAUCAAGUCCUGCUGUUUAACUCCAGGCUGAAGUUGUUUCCUGGAAAGCUGAAAUCAAGGUGGUCUGGGCCCUUCGUUAUCAAGGAAGUCAGACCAUAUGGAGCUUUUGAGCUAUGGGACAAGUCUGGUGGACACUUCGUGGUGAACGGUCAACGCCUCAAGCCAUACCUUGCUGAUACCGACAUCACAGAGAGGGAAUCUGUUCCUCUCAGUGAUCCAUCUCCUGCCUAA